CCAAGUGCAUACCUAUUCACACGGGAACCAGAACCAGUCGCAGUCGCAGUCGCAGUUACAGCCACAGACACCGCAAACCGAGUUUUGUUAAUACAUCAGCGGCUGCAACAACACCGAAAACAACAACAAAACAAUAGAAAUAACCCAGAGACCGCGGUAGAGUUCUAAGUUUUAAGGGUCUCUGCGAUGGGCAAGAAAGACAAGAACAAGGAACCGGCGGACGCUGCACCAGCUGGCGAUGCACCACCUGCUGGACCUCCAGCAGGCGAGGGAGGCGAUGGCGAGAUUGUGGGCGGACCACACAAUCCGCAGCAGAUUGCGGCACAGAAGCGUCUCCAGCAGACGCAGGCGCAGGUCGAUGAGGUCGUCGACAUUAUGCGCACAAACGUCGAGAAGGUGCUGGAGCGCGAUAGCAAGCUGUCGGAGUUGGACGAUCGCGCCGAUGCCUUGCAGCAGGGCGCCUCGCAGUUCGAGCAGCAGGCGGGCAAGCUCAAGAGGAAAUUCUGGCUCCAGAACUUGAAGAUGAUGAUCAUAAUGGGCGUGAUUGGCCUGGUUGUCGUGGGAAUCAUUGCAAAUAAGCUGGGACUCAUAGGCGGAGAGCAGCCACCGCAGUACCCUCAGUAUCCACAGUACAUGCCGCCACCGCCGCCACAGCAGCAGCAGCCAGCCGCCGCCGGAGGACAGUCGGCGCUGGUCGAUGGAGGAGCCGGCACCGGAGCCGGGGCCGGGGCCUAUCCGGAGCAUGGCGGCGCAUAAGUAAUUCUGGACGGCAUUUACCUGUAAAGCCAAGCAAAGAACGUUUCUUGAUUACACACAAAAACAAACAAAAAUAUAAUCUGCAAAACCCAAGAACCGACAAAAAAACUCCCCCCCAAAGGGAAAACUCAGUUAUACUAGAAAAAUCUCGAGAAUUGCAAAGAAGUCAAUAAAAUAAUAUGUUUUCCCACUUAAAAGACGACGAACAUGACGGCUUUGAGUAAAUGCAGUCAUAAUAUUAACACUAAAUCUAAAUCUAAAGAACGCUCCGGACAAAAUGAAGUUGUUGCUAAUUUGUUUAUGGUUACAUUAUUUCAUGCAUAAAAAGGUAUAUAUAAAGAUAAAUAUAAAUAUAUAAAUAUAUAUGGGUACUUGAAUAUUUACGAGUAAAUCUAACAAAACAACUAGUAAACUAUGCUAUAUAACUACGACUAUAUUGUACUUAACAUGUAUGUAUGUAUCUCGGGGCUGGGCCGGUGCGAGGCCAGCGCGAGGACCGGGCCUGGUCGCUCCCGAUAAUAGCAACUCUUUGAACUCAGUUUCCUUAGCAAAUCUACUAGUAUCGAUUUCGAACAGUUUUUCGGAACAAAGCCCAAAGCAAAGAAGACACUCCCGAGAACGAAACCAAAUCAAAGCUUUUGUUCCUAAGUAAAAGUUACGCAAAAUAUAAAUAUUUGAAGUGUAUAAUCCAAAAAAAAAACCAAAAACCAAAAAAGAAAAAGAACAACAACAACAGCAAAAUCGAGCAAUUGAUUAAUGUAUUGUAUUCGUAAAACUUUAUGUGCAACCCAGAAUAUUGAGGAGCUAAAUGUAGUAGCGGAAUGAACAGAAACCAAAGAGAAGAGGAAGGGAAACAAAGAGAAUGGAAAGGAAAAGAAAGGAAAAGAAAAGGAUAAGGAUGAUGGAGGAUACUAGUGAAAAUAUACAAAAGAAAACCAAAAACCAAAGAAUGAGAAUUAGUUUGCAGUUAUAUGUUGUCUGAAUUAUUGUGCAAUCAUUAUUGUUGUGUUUGAAAUAAAGACACAAGAUCGAGGAUCGAGGAUCGAGAAGGAUCCGAUUCGGUUGAAAGAUGAAACCAGACAGUUCAACGAUUAAAUUAAGCGCUAGACACACAAUAUGUUGGUUAUGACCAGUUUUAUUUGACAGAAGAAGCAGAAACAGAAGAAGACAGACAGAAGCAUAUGUAUGUAUAUUUCAAUGUUAUAAGUAAUAAACGAAAGCGGAUACAUAGGGCCUACUAUAUGUAUAGGCAUUCAUAUAUGUAUGUGUAACGUGUAACGAUAUGAUAUUUAGAUCUCACACACUCCACUCCACUCCACUCCACGCCACCCCGAACCACGAACCCCGAAACCCAAACCUCCACCUCCACCUCAGACCCAUUCCGAUCGAGUAGUAACCAACUUUGAGACAACACUCUUAGCACAUAUUGUACUUACCUUGUUCUAAAAAUACGAACGUAUAUUAACAAUUAAUGUAUUAACUAAUUGAUUCAAGAAGCGCCUGCCCAAAGUGCUUUGCCUACUAACAAAAUAAGGCACAAACAAAAUCGAAACUACUUAAAACAAAAACAAAAACUAAAACGAAAACGAAGACAACAACAAAAACAAAAACAAAAACAAAAACAGGAAAACAAAUGAAUAUGAAAAUGAAAAUGAUAAUGAAAAACGGGGAGAACCGAAAUCUAAGACCCAAAGUGCAGGUAUUUUUAGCAAUAUUCGUAGCGUGUACAAUAUGUCGCCCUUAAAGCUUAAUCAAAUCUCGUUCAAUGUCCAUUACUACUACAAUAUCACCAAAACACCCACAAACACUCACACACACACACACACACCUUUCACAUGCAUAUAACCAUUACCAACUACGGAAUCAAUAUAAUAAUCAAUGAAAAAUG